UGUUAGAGGAGUUGUGGGGGUGUGAUGCCACAACCUGCUUAUAAAGGGGCUCGCACGUUGUGGCUCUUAAUCAUUGCAUAUCGCUUAAUUUCGUGGGUUAGACUGCACGCUCGCUCGCCCAGGCGUCUACAUGGAGUACUUGAACGUGGUGAAGAUGCUUCAGCUUGCUGAGACUCCUCUGUAUUGGGUCGGUGCAGUCACCACGGCCUCACUGGCGCUGUGGCUUCUCUACCACAUCUUCUCCGGCUUCAGGAUAUGGGUGCUAGGAAAUGGAGAUUUGCUGUCCCCUAAAUUGGGGAAAUGGGCAGUUGUAACAGGAGCCACAGAUGGAAUUGGGAAAUCCUAUGCGGAGGAGCUUGCUCGACGAGGAUUCUCCAUAAUGCUAAUCAGCCGCUCACAGGAGAAGCUAGACGAUGUUGCCAAGUCUCUCGAAAGUCUGUAUAAUGUGGAGACAAAGACCAUUGCUGUGGAUUUUGGUCAGAUCGACAUUUAUCCUAGGAUUGAUGCGGCACUUGCUGGGCUAGAAAUAGGAGUCCUUGUAAACAAUGUUGGCAUUUCCUACACUUACCCUGAGUUCUUUCUGCACAUCCCUGACCUGGACAAUUUCAUUAACACAAUGAUAAAUGUCAAUAUAACUUCAGUGUGUCAGAUGACUCGUCUGGUAUUGCCCAAAAUGGAAGCUAGAGCAAAAGGUGUGAUUCUCAACAUCUCCUCUGCUAGUGGCAUGUACCCAGUUCCACUGCUCACUGUCUACUCCUCCACCAAGGCUUUUGUUGACUUCUUCUCCCGUGGACUUCAAGCAGAGUACAAAUGCAAAGGGAUUAUUAUUCAGAGCGUGCUGCCUUUCUACGUGGCCACCAAAAUGACCAAGAUCAGGAAACCCACUCUGGACAAGCCUACUCCCGAGCGUUAUGUAGCUGCUGAGCUAACCACUGUGGGGCUACAGGACCAGACAAAUGGUUAUUUCCCUCAUGCAGUCAUGGGCUGGUUGACCACUGUUCUAGUUCCUUACAAACUGGUCAUUUACUUUGGCAUGCGCAUGAACAAGGCUCUGCGUGGUGGUUACCUCAGGAGGAGAAAGCUGCGAUAGCUCGUAGAUGUCGUCUAAAGGGAAAUGACGAACCACGUCCAAAGUGUCCUUUCCUUAGUGUUUGCUUAGUAUGGGUAUGAAUGCCUGACUUUUGUAUCAGUGUUUGAGUAGUUCUGUGUCGAGGCUUUUGUAUUGAAAGUCUCCUUAGACAAACCUCUUGAUGUUCUUGUAAGAACUACUGACCACAGUGGUCACACUGACAUGUUGAAUGAUGUAGUUCAAACUGGGCUUUUAAAUUGGUGAGUUUCUCUUUUGGCUUGUGAGAUUUGGGAAUGGGUGUGUAACUUAUAACUAACAGGGUCUAAAGAGUGUUGCAUUGGUGCAUGGAGGGCUGUUUUCACUGCUGUUCUAAGCAGACUGUAUUUGAAUGGAGAUGGGUUUCAUAAACAUAUGGUUCUGUGUAUAAAAGCCACACGUGCACCUGAGUACUUGCUCACUGUUGCCAGUUCCCUGUUAUGUUUGUUUACAAUGAUUCAGAAGUUAAAAUGUAUACAUUGUCUUUUCUUUAGCUGUUGAAUGAUCUUGAGUAUUGGCCUUUUAAAUUUUUUUUUUUUUUUUUUUUUUUUUUUUGUCUUUUUACAUUUUGUACCCUUUUUCUUAGUAUUUAUGAAAUUGGUGGUGGGGUUUUGGUGUUUUAUGUUUACUAGAUAUAUGCAAUGGUGCUUUUGUUUUAUUAUUAUUUUGAGCCAUGUUUGACACACAGUUAAUCACUGAUCAUUCAGAAUAAUGUGCCUUAGAAAUAUACAGGAAUUUGCUAACUAUUAAUGGAGAUCUCUACCAGCUGCUAUUUUGUCUCAAACGUAGCAAUGCACUUACUGCCUUUUCUUUUCUUUUUCUUUCUCUUCAUCUUUUAAAGAACUUUGACCAAAUAGUGUACUAUGCCAUGUGAGGGUCUCUUUCUUUCUUUUUUUUUUCUUUUUUUUUUUUGUUUGUUUUUUCUUUUCUUUUUUUUUCCUUUCCUUAUUUAUCAUUAAAGGUCUCGAUUUAGGGGUCUUCCUAUGUCCCAGAUUUGACUCUCCAUUUGACUUUUGUUGAACCAAAGCCGGUCAGAUGAAAAUGCUCAGGUAUUUGAGCCUUGCUGGUUGUAUCACAGGGAAAACUUGAAUGUUUACAUUCCAAAAUAUUUAGGCAUGGAAUACAAUGUGUGCCUUUGUUCCACCAAAUCAUGCUUGUGUAUUUAAAUUUAGUUUUGUCUUUUUCAAAUAAAGAUGUGAUUUUA